AUGGCAGAACGGCACCCGUCGAUCACGCCCGCGGACAUCGUCUUCGCCGAGGCGACGCCGCGGCAGCAGAAGCUCGCGUGGGAGCUCAACGGCGCGUCGUGGGCCAAGCCCAUGUCCAUCGCCGAGUACGUCGACCGCGAGGCGCACCUGUCGCGCCAGGACCUGGCCGCGGGCGGCGGCUGCCGCUACUGGGUCGUCUUCCCGCGCGACCGGCCCGACGAGAUCGUCGCCGGGUGCGAGAGCACGCGCAAGACGCUGCUCGUGCGCCGCGCCGGCCUGCCGGGCGAGGUCUACCAGGUGUCGGCCUACGCCAUCGCCAGCGUCUACACGAACCCGGAGUACCGCCGCCUGGGCAUGGCCAGCCUCAUGCUGCGCCGGCUGCAGGAGGCCAUGGACCUCGACAGCGAGGGCAGCGCGCUCUACAGCGACAUCGGCAAGGUGUACUACGCCCAGCUCGGCUGGGACGUCUUCCCCUCGGACCAGGCGACGCUCGAGAUCCUGGACAGGGAGGAGGCGGCGCGCGGCGUGGUGCAGCAGCAGCAGCAGCAGCAGCAGCAGCAGAAGACCCGCUACCUGUCCAAGGACGAGCUGCCGGCGCUCUGCGAGAGGGACGUGGCCGACCUCAAGGAGCGGCUGGCGGGCCUGCCCGACGACGGCAAGACGCACAUCGCCUUCAGCCCGACCUGGAGCCAGGUCGCCUGGCACUUUGCGCGCGAGGAGUUCAUGGCGCGCGCCAUGUUCUCCAGGGCCAUCGAGCGGCGGGGCGCCGCCACCGAGGACGGCAGGAGCUGGGCGAUCUGGGACCACGACUUCCGGGAGAAGAAGCUCAAGGUCCAGCGCAUCGUCACGACGAGGCCCGAGUCGGAGGAGCGGCGGGUCGAGGACGUCGCGGCGCUGCUCCAGGCGGCCGUGGCCGAGGCGGCGGCCUGGGACCUGCCAAAGGUCCUCCUGUGGAACCCGGACGAGGCGUUUACGCUCGGCGCGAAGGGCGUAGGUAACGCCAUGGAAGGGUCGGUCAAGGUGAUCUUCGACGAGAGGCUAGACGGAUCGAUCCCAUGCUUUCGGUGGAAGGGGGGCAAGGACACGAGUGCGACGGUGUGGGAAGACAACUACUACUACUGCUGGUGUUAG